AUGAGCGGCCAAAGUUUGGUGCAACAACAGCUUCGCGAAGACUGGGACAACCGAGAAUACGAACAAGUGAUUGCAGAUCAGAUCAAGAGCAUCGCCAAUUUUUUAUCGAGUUUUGAUUUAAGCUCGGGUUUCGAAAGGCGACACUUUGAACUAACGACAAAAUGGCUCAGGCAGGAAAACUUGUCAAAGCUACCGGAGAAAUUGCCGCCCGUAACUGCCGUGAAAUCGACUAACAAGGAGCAGGCUCGCACAUCCGUCCUCCAAGUCUACAAGGAGAUGCAGCGACUCACUCCCCAAUUUUGGUGGGAUUUCGAAAUGAACGACAUGCCGUUGCCUGUCUUCCGUGCCGUGAUUAAGCAGCAAUUUACGAAAAGCGCCCAUGUUCAAGACAUUCGCAUUAUUGAUCGUCUAGUGGCCGAGACGCAUCAGCACAUGUACGCGAUUCGCUAUGCCUUCUACAAUCCGGAUCACGUGCGCAACUACUUGUUCCAUGAGAAUGUCGAACCGAAACCAAAAGACUUCUUGAGCAAGUUCCUCUCUGGAAAGGAU